AAGGAAGAAGAUGCAUCUUGGAAAAUAUGUUUUCAUCUUCCCCUUCAUGUUAAUCUCGUCAAAGAGAUUAAUUUCUUCUUUUCUCACUUGCUAUAUAUAGACACGCAAUGACGAGAUUCAAUCUGCCUUCUGCUUCUCUGUUGCUCUCUUGAGAGCUGUAACAUCUGAAAGGAGUCGCCAUAGCCAAUCAUCAGGGUAAAGCUAGUAAUAUUAGCAGAACAAGAGGACACAAGAUAUUGAAAUCUUCAUCACAAGCACAAAUUGAAGUACCUAACUUCAUCAAACCCUUUCCAUCACAAUGUUUCCGUCUCUUGCAAUUGCUACUACCAUACCCUUUGCACAUAAUGCGGCAAUCCAUUUCAAACGACGUCCCACUUUGAGCACUCUGUGCAUUUCUUUUUCAGCUAGUCUGGGCACUUGCAGUGGUAGAGAUAGAUCAGUAUAUAAACCUUUCUCAGGCAUUCAAACGAGCAAAGAAAAGAUUCGGGAAUUAUUUGAAAGUGUUGAACUUUCUGUUUCUCCAUAUGACACUGCAUGGGUGGCUAUGGUCCCUGCUCCACAUUCCCCAGAACAUCCCUGUUUUCCUGGAUGUUUGGAUUGGGUGUUAAAUAAUCAGAAUCAAGACGGAUCAUGGAGUCUUCAUCAUGCUUAUCCCAGAUUUCUAAAAUAUGUUCUCUUAUCAACUCUAGCAUGUGUUCUGGCUCUGAAAAGAUGGGGAACCGGUGAAGAACAAAUGAAUAAAGGUUUACUUUUCAUUGAGUUAAAUUUCGCAUCUGCAGCAGAUAACAAUCAAACCAACCCCACCGGUUUUGAUAUCCUAUUUUCCGGGAUGCUCGAUUGUCUUAGUGCUUUGUCUUUGAAGCUUCGCUUAGACCCAAGAACCUUAAAUACAUUGCUUCAUAAGAGGGAUGCGGAGCUUCACAGGUGCAAAGGAAAUAGCUCAAAGGAGCUUGAAGCUUACCUUGCAUAUGUAUCUGAAGGAUUAGGAUUGCUGCAAGACUGGGGAAAAACUAUGAAGUUCCAAAGGAAGAAUGGCUCUUUGUUCAAUUCACCUUCUACUACUGCUUCUGCACUUAUUCAUCACCAUGAUCCUAAAUGUUUUAGAUACCUAAAUUCUCUUUUGGAAACAUGUGGGAACGAGGUUCCAGCAGUAUACCCUCUUGAUGUAUAUGCACGGCUCUGUGUUGUUGAUAAUGUUGAGAAACUGGGCAUUAGUCGCCACUACAAUGAAGAAAUACGAACUGUGUUAGAUGAAACUUACAGGGGGAUGAAGAGAUCUUUAUGGAUGCCUCCACUUGUGGUUUGGCAUUCAGGUUGCUGCGAAUGAACGGCUACAACAUUUCUUCAGGUCCAGUUACUCACUUUCUGGAGGAGGGCAUCUGCAAUAUUACUGCGGGUUAUCCAAUGGAUGUAUAUGCUAUGCUGGAUCUCUAUCAAGCACUGGAAAUAAUAUGUAAUUUUGAUGAAUAUGUUUCUGAAAAACAUAACAGGUGGUUUGAGAUUUUGAGAGAGGAACUUUCUAGUGAUUUAUUAUGUUCAGAUAUCCAUACUAGACAGAUUCAUAAACAGGUGGAGGACGUGCUUAAUUUUCCUUUCUAUGCAAAUUUAGAACGAGUUGCAAACCGAAGGUACAUAGAGCAUUACAAUGUAGAUAGUACCAGAUUCUCCAAGACUUCAUAUGGUUCUCCAAACUUUUGCAAUAAAGAUUUUCUAACUCUUGCUGUUCAGGAUUUCAACCUUUGCCAAUCUAUACAUCAUGAAGAACUG